CUAUGACAACCAGAAGGUGGCGAUCGUCGUCUCGGAUUUAGCGUUGACUUUAGUUUUAUUUCGUGAUAAAUGUCAUGAAUAAAUGAAAUAACCGGUGAAGUAACCAUAAGUUCCUGAACAAAUGCUGGCACAACUCUAUAGAUAGAUGGCCUUGGGCACAACACUACCCGGGACUCAGCCAUGAAGUUAAGUUCUCUUUAUUAGCAGAAGCAGUUUAAUUAUCGAAAGUACUAACAUAAACCGAAGAUGGAGUUCCAGUACGUUUAUAUCAAGAAGCGGUCCGAGUUCGGGCGGCAAUGCUUCUUCACCAGUGAACCAGGCGCUCUGAGCUGUGACAUUCCACCCGACCCGGAGCUGGCAGCCCAGUUCAUCCACGUGAAUCCCGUGCACCGCGGCACGCAGGUCGGAUGUGAGAUGUCCGAACACGAGGUGAGCACGGACCGUGCCGAGUUCGCCACGACAGGCAUCAAUCACGCCGAGGGCGGCUGGGCGCGCGACAUCAACCCGCAGGACGUCGAGCAGACCACCCGCUUCAAGAAGAAGGUGGAAAAGGACGACAUGUACAUGUCGUCGGUGCUUCAGCUCGGAGCGUUGAUGGAGCACUGUAUCAAGCAGAACAACACACUGGAUAUGUACGAGGAGUACUUUGGCGGCCAGCAGGACGGAGGGCCGGCUGGCGAGGGAGCUACCGGUGCCAAGACUGUCAACGUGUUCAGGGACCCGUGCCCUCAGCGGCGGGCGGUGUCCAGUCUCAGCUGGAGUCCGGACGCCACCCGGCUGGCCGCCGCCUACACCAGCCUCCGGUUCCAGUCCAGCGCCAGAGACCUGCCCGUGCAGUCGUUUGUCUGGGACGUGGAGAACCCGAGCCGUCCGGACUACACGCUCACGCCUCCCGACAGCCUGGUCUCGCUCGAGUUCAACCCGAAGGAGUCGUUUGUGCUGGCCGGCGGCACGUACCGCGGCCGGGUGUGCGUGUUUGACCGGCGGCGCGGCGCGCUGCCGGUCGACCUCAGUCCGCUGGAGACGGGACACGCCGACCCCGUCUACAGCACCGUCUGGGUCAACUCCAAGUCGGGAGCCGAGAUAUUCACCGCCUCCACGGAUGGCAUGGUGCUCUGGUGGGACACCAGAAAGCUGAGCGAACCCAUCGAGUCUCUGAUCCUAGACGUCAACAAGACCCAAGAGCCGUCACUGCGGGCCGCUCAGGGCGCUACAGUGCUCGAGUAUGAGACCACGAUCCCAACCAAGUUCAUGAUCGGCACUGAGCAGGGAACCGUCAUCCAGUGUAACCGCAAGGGCAAGACGCAGACGGAAAAGAUCGCUGCCGUGUAUCAGGCGCAUCUGGGACCCGUUCAACAGGUGCAGCGUAACCCGGCGUUCCUGAAGAACUUCAUCACGAUCGGCGACUGGUCUGCCAAAGUGUGGUCAGAGGACUGCAAGGAGAGUGCCAUCUUCUGGACCAAUCCGGGUGAGGUGCGUCUGACGGGCGGCUCGUGGAGUCCCAGUCGGCCGUCGGUGUUCUUCACCAGCAAGGCGGACGGAACGGUGGAUGUGUGGGACGUGCUGUACCAGCAGCGGCUGCCCGUGCUCACCAUACAGGUGGGUGACAGUCCGCUGGAGACGCUGCGUGUCCAGGAGGCGGGCGCCCUGCUGGCUGCCGGCAGCGCUGACGGACAGAUCACCCUACUGGAGCUGUCAGACACGCUGGUCAAUUCGGGCAAAAACGACCGGCUGGUGCUCACUGCGAUGUUUGAGCGGGAGACACGCCGUGAGAAGAUACUCGAGGGAAAGAACAGGGAGGCACGCCUGCUCAAGAAGAUGAAGGAGGGCAACUCGGCAGUAUCGGAGCGUUCGUCGACCAUCUCUCCGGGUCUGACGGCCAGCGCCCGACUGGAGAAGGAACAGACGGAGGUGGAGCUCAUCGAGGACGCCCAGUCCACCUUCUUCGAUACCGUCUGCCAGGUGAAGUCGGCUCGUCGGGACGUUCAGAUGUCUCAGAUGGCCGAGAAGGGAGUGGUCGCAGAUCUGGACGGGGCAGAGUUCCAGGCUCCCGAUCUGGCCGCCGCAGACGACGCCGACCAGCCUCCAGACGCCGUCAGCGGGACCGCCGUCCCCGGCUCCGCCAGUCGCCAGUCGGCCACCAAAGUCAGCUCCACCACCGGCAAACGAUCCUCCACCAUCGCCAAGAAAUCCUCCACCUCCGCCGCCACCGCGGACGUCUCCUCCACUGCCGCCACCAAGGCGUCCUCCACUGGAGCUCCUGCUCCGGAGUCGGAGACGGAGACCACCUCUCCGACUGACGCCACGGAGACGGAGACGGCCGGCAGCUCGAGCCUGGUGACGGCCGUGGAUGACCCGGCGGCGCUGGGCCGGGCGCUGUCCGUGGCAGAGCAGAUCGCUCGGGUGGUGGAUAGUCUGGAGGAGGCGGUGGAUGAUCUGUUGGAUCCGACCAGUGAGGAGACGGGAGCUACCGAGGAUCAGAGCACGGAACAGACCGAGUCGUAAAUGGGUAGGUAGAGCGGCUACUGGCUGGGGAACAGCGGGCUCAGCCGAGCAGGGUGAGAUGCAGUUGAGAGGGGCAGCCUACGAUUGAACGGCUGAGAGGAACACUGGGUUCAGUUCAGACCAGUUGCCGCUCUCAUAGCCCCAGAAAGAUGAACUGUGGACUCACGCAUUGCCAUUUACAAAAAUAGCAAACACCUAAUAGAAACGAUGGGCUGAAAUUCAAGGGAUAGCGGAUGAUUGUAAUGACACCGAGUCUUUCAUUUUGCCUAAAACCGUGCUUCAUAACGUGAGCAAAAAAUGUCUUGCGCCACACAAACUUAUGUGAUGUUCUCUAUUAUCGUGCAGCAAUCGAUGAUGUUAAACAGAGCCGGUCAUAUUUGUGUCGCACUCGCAUUAUUUCUAUGUUUGUUGUGCAGUUAUGUUACUUAUUUGCCGACAUUCCGCAUGUAUAUUGAUCACCAAUUAUGCACGGUAAAUUGUCGGGAUUGGACCGACCUCGUUGAUUGUUGCAUGCUUUUGUCAUUCAAUACAACUUUUGUUCCUUUCA